UGGGGCUGUCCCGGCUGGGCGAGCCGCUUCGGAACUUAGCGUAGAGCGAACCCACGUGUGUUUUUUGGGGUAGCGGUGCUGCUGCCGUGCGUUCCUCUGGCAGGAAGAAAGGCUGGAAGCGAGACCCGAGCGCGUGGCCCAACAUACUCCAAAUUCCGACUGGGAGAAGAAGGUAACUGACUACUUCAGAGAGAAAUUAAAGGAAAACAAUGCUACUAAUUGGGUCCCAUCGCUGAAUGAUGUUCCUGUACAUUACCUGAAGCCCAACAGUUUAGUGAAAUUUCGCUGUAUGGUUCAAGAUAUGUUUGAUCCUGAGUUUUAUAUGGGUGUAUAUGAAACAGUUGACCCCAACACAAAUGCACGUGUUUUGCAUUUUGGUAAAUACAGAGAUGUGGCAGAAUGUGGGCCACAGCAGGAAAUUGAUAUGAACUCCUCACAAACAGUCACCUUGGAAAGACAGACGUUCUACUGCGUUCCAGUGCCUGGUGAAUCAGCAUGGGUGAAAGAAGCGUAUAUCAGUGCCAGCCAAGCUCGAGUUAGUCCUUCAACAUCCUACACACCAAGUCGCCACAAGAGGAGCUAUGAGGAAGAUGAGGACAUGGAGCAACAUCCAUCUAAACAGAAAGAGCAACACAUGGGCAGUGGAGGUGAUAGCCAUGGAUGUGGGGAGCCAAAAAGAUUAGAAACUGAAGCUUCUGCAGGUCAUCAUCUCAUUUCUCCCAACUGUUCACCUCCUCUUGACUUAAAUUUUCCAUUGCCAGGGGAGAAAGGACCAGCAUGUCUUGUAAAGGUAUAUGAGAGCUGGGAUACCUUCAAAGUCAAUGAUGUUCUGGAGGUGUAUGGUAUUUUGUCUGUGGAUCCAGUGCUGAGUAUAGUGAACAAUGAAGAGAGGGAUAGCUCAACCCUUGAUCCUAUGGAGUGCAUGGACACGGCAGAAGAACAGAGAGUACACAGUCCUCCAUCCUCAUUAGUCCCCAGAAUCCAUGUGAUUUUGGCACAUAAACUGCAACAUCUUAAUCCAUUACUGCCUGCUUGCCUUAAUGAAGAAGAGAGUAAAACCUUUGUGUCUAAUUUCAUGUCUGAGCUGUCACCAGUUAGAGCAGAGUUACUUGGGUUCCUCACACAUGCCCUCCUGGGAGACAGUUUAGCUGCUGAGUACCUUAUAUUGCAUCUCAUCUCUACAGUUUAUGCGAGACGAGAUGUGCUUCCUCUGGGAAAAUUCACAGUCAACUUGAGUGGAUGUCCAAGGAACAGCAUCUUCACAGAGCACAUCUACCGCAUCAUCCAGCAGCUUGUCCCAGCUUCCUAUCGCCUACAAAUGACCAUUGAAAAUAUGAACCAAUCACGAUUUAUCCCACGCAAAGACUACACAGCUAAUCGCUUAGUCAGUGGAAUACUGCAGCUCGCCAGCAACACUUCCCUUGUCAUAGAUGAGACUCAGCUUGAGCAAGGACAGCUUGACACAAAAGGUGUGCACAAUGUGAAAGCGUUGGGUAAUCUGAUAACUUGGCAGAAAGUGGAUUAUGACUUCAGUUACCACCAGAUGGAAUUCCCAUGCAAUAUUAACGUUCUUAUCACCUCGGAGGGCCGAUCGCUCCUACCGUCAGAUUGCCAAGUCCAGUUACAACCACAGAUAAUUCCACCAAACAUGGAGGAGUACGUGAACAGCCUCCUAACUGCAGUGCUCCCUUCUGUGUUGAACAAAUUUCGAAUUUACCUAAGUUUACUGAGACUGUUGGAUUACAGCAUAUCUGAUGAAGUGACAAAGGCUGUUGAAGAAGACUUUGUAGAAAUGCGCAAGAAUGACCCCGAGAGCAUAACUGCUGAUGACCUGCACAGAACUCUGCUUGUAGCCAGGUUCCUGUCUCUCAGCGCGGGGCAGACAACACUGUCAAGAGAGAGGUGGCUGAGAGCAAAACAACUGGAGGCACUGCGUAAAGCCAGACUUCAGCAGCAAAAGUGUGUUAAUGGAAAUGAACUUUAAUGUUUUGUGGAUGUCAUGAUAAAAAUUUGUCUAAUCCUAGAUGGAACCCAUACUAAGAUUGGGAUAUUGUUUAUACCAGUUUUUUUGUAGAUAAUUUAUACCAAGAUAUUAUGGAUAUUUACCCUUGCAAUCUGAACACACUAUCUCUGUUCAGCCAGCUAAACAUAUUUUAUGAAAUUUUUUUGGAGCCUGUUUUGUAAUUGAGAAUUGGUAACACUGAGCAAAUGAUUUGAUAUUAAAGUUUAAUACUGAAUUCGUGUAAACUUAUUUCCUUUAACAAUGGGAAAAUGUAACCUCUUACCCUUAUAGCAGGGGUAGAGUCUGUUUGGGAAUAAACUGCUCAGCAGCAGCCUCUUCUGUAAGUUUAACUUUGGACUUUAGGCAGCCAGGGCUCUGCAAGGUGUGUUGUUGCCCUCUGAGCAGCAGAAUAAUACUGAUUAUUGUGCAGUAUGAAGAAUCAAUUUAAAAUUAUCUAAGAUUCCAGUAUGAAACUCAUCCUGAUUGUACUUAAAGACAACUCUCACUAACAGGUCCCAAAUGAGCUUUACAUUUCAAGCUAUUUCAGAAUAACAGGGACAACUGAUACUUAUGUACUCAUAUAAGCCACAUCUUACUAUCUACAUGAUUAGAUAUGGUUUGUAUGAAUAAUAUCAAUUAAGUAUUAAGAAUGGUCUCUAUCUUAUACUAUACAGUUUGCACUGAUGGUCACAAGAAUCUCCCUGCCCUAAUAUGAUUUGCAGAACUGGUGGAACAAGAGUGGUUUGAGUGAAGUAAAUACUGAACUAAUGUGGAGUAAUCCAUAAAGGUGGUACAAGGGUAGGGCUUCUGUUCCCAUGGAGAACUUAAAGUAUAUGAAGCAGUGCUAGAGUUAAUUCUAGAUGAGACUAAAUAUUCAAUUCUUUUGUGAACUUUACAUUAAGCCUCAGCCACCUUACUUUUUGAGUGA